GGCCGAAGCGAACCCCUUAUUCUAUUCCUUCAUCCGUUGCUCUUCUUCUUCUCGAAGUUGAGAAAAACCCGCCCAAAAAGGGCCCCCCUUCUCACAGAUAAAUCAUCACUCAUCAAGAAGAAAAGGGAAAAAAAAAAGCAACUCCGAAAGGCGAAUACCAUGACGAAGAUCAACGCCCUACGACGGUUUCUUCUCGCUUGCAUCCACCCGGCCUCUACUUCUCCAGUCCACCCCUCCACCACCACCGCCACCGCCACCCCCAAGAAACGCCUCAGCACCUCCCUCCGUGACGACCUCGACGACCCACAUUCCCAGCACCACGAUAACCAAGUCGAAGAAGACUCCUCUGAGCCUCCCACCCCAACCACCAUCGCUCCGCCGUCCGCUCCACCGCGCCCCUCCAAGACAAUGGUUAUCGGCACCAUCUUUGGCCACCGUCGGGGCGGUCACGUCUGGUUCUGCGUCCAACACGACCGCCUUAAUACUAAACCCGCCCUCCUCCUCGAGCUUUCCAUCCCGACCUCCACAUUGAUCCAAGAAAUGCGUUGCGGCCUCGUCAGAAUCGCUCUCGAGUUCAAGGACGACUCCCCGGAGUCGGAGCUCAGUCGCUGCCCUCUCCACUCUGUCCCAGUCUGGACUUUGUUCUGCAACGGCAGGAAACUCGGGUUCGCCGUCCGCCGGAAGGCCACUGAUCAGAAUCGACUCAUGCUGAAGACCAUGCAGUCCACAACCGUGGGGGCGGGUGUGAUCCCAUCCGGGUUUGGAUCAGGACCCGGAUCCGGGUCCGAGGAGCUCAUGUACAUGAGGGCCAACUAUGAGUGUGUGAUAGGGAAUGCGGACUCGGAGUCGUUUCAUCUAAUCAACCCGGAUGAUGGGCCGGGUCAAGAACUCAGCAUCUUCUUGCUGAGAUCAAGGUGACGGAAUCACGUGAAACCUGAGAUUCAAGAGAGGUGCAUUAUGGAGAUUUCCCUUGCUCUCUAGGUACUUGUUGGAGGCAUUUAACUGAGGAAGCCAAGCGGCGAAUGGGAUGCCUGCAUGAACCAUCGUUACAUUAUUGUGGGGAAUCGGAAAAUUUGGGGUUUUCUGGUUCUGGAAUGUCUUUUUGCAAGAAAACGCUUCAUGGUCAUAAAGUUCCCUCUUUUUUUUUUUUUUUUUUUUUUUGAGGGUAUGGUCAUAAGGCUUCAAAAUUUUGUUGGGACGAGGUAAUCUUGGAAAAGGAAAUUCACUUUUUAAGUUAAUUGUUCUUUUCUUUACAAGUUUUAGGGUGGAUUUGUUCAGUUGUACAAUGAUUUUUUUCCCCUGUAAAUCGCUGGGGAAUGAUAUAAUUGUACGGAUGUAGGUGUUAUUUCUGCAAGAAGUG